UGCCCUGCCCCCCAGCGAGCGGCUCCGAGCCAGUGAGGGCCGCCUUUGAGGACUUGGGGCCUGAGGCUGACCGAGGGGAGUCCCCGCCGCAUCCCGCCAUCCGGGCUGUGCCUCAUGGAGUCUACGUUCAGCAGCCCCGCGGAGGCGGCGCUGCAGCGGGAGGCGGGCGCCGCGGGGCCGCUCACUCCUCUCGCGGACCUGGACCGAGUGUACGAACUGGAGCGAAUCGGUGGAUUUGUCCGCGACCUGGGGUGUCAACGGGUGGCCUUGCAGUUCCCUGACCAGCUGUUGGGAGAUGCUGGGGCUGUGGCUGCACGACUGGAGGAGACCACGGGGUCGAAGAUGUUCAUUAUAGGGGACACGGCUUAUGGCAGCUGCUGUGUGGAUGUGCUGGGUGCUGAGCAAGCUGGAGCUCAGGCCCUUGUACAUUUUGGCCCUGCCUGCUUAAGCCCUCCAGCCCGCCCACUGCCCGUGGCCUUCGUCCUUGGUCAACGUUCUGUGGCCUUGGAGGUCUGUGUCAAAGCCUUUGAGGCCCAGAACCCAGACCCCACAGCGCCUGUGGUGCUGCUGAGUGAGCCGGCCUGCGCCCAUGCCCUGGAGACCUUGGCCACUCUCCUGCGCCCGAGGUACUUGGACCUGCUUGUCUCCAGCCCAGCUUUUCCCCUGCCUGUGGGCUCCCUCAAUCCAGAUCCUGAGCCCCUGGAGCGUUUUGGGCGCCGCUUCCCCCUGGCUCCAGGAAGGCGUCUAGAAGAGUAUGGUGCCUUCUAUCUGGGGGGCUCUGAGGCCAUCCCUGACCCUGACCUCAACCCAGACCUGAGCCGGCUGCUCUUGGGCUGGGCACCAGGGCGGCCCUUCUUCUCUUGCUGCCCGGACACAGGGUGGACUCAGGAUGAAGGUGCCCGGGCUAGGCGGCUAAGAGCACGUAGGCGCUAUCUGGUAGAGAGGGCCAGAGAUGCCCGCGUGGUAGGGCUGCUGGCGGGCACAUUGGGUGUGGCCCGACAUUGUGAGGCGCUGGCACACUUGCGGAACCUGACUCAGGCUGCCGGCAAACGUAGCUAUGUGUUGGCUCUGGGGCGGCCCACGCCUGCCAAGCUUGCCAACUUCCCUGAGGUGGACGUCUUUGUGCUGUUGGCCUGUCCUUUGGGUGCACUAGCCCCCCAGCCUUCUGGCAGCUUCUUCCGGCCUGUAUUGUCACCGUGUGAGCUGGAGGCUGCCUGCAAUCCCGCCUGGCCACCUCCAGGCCUGGCUCCCCACCUCACACAUUAUGCGGACUUAUUGCCUGGCUCUCCUUUCCAUGUGCCCCUCCCGCCACCUGACUCGGAGCUGUGGGACGCCCCAGAUGUGUCACUCAUUACUGGGGAGCUCCGACCUCCACCUGCCUGGAAGCCAUCAAAUGAUCCUGGAUGCUCGGCCCUAACUCCGCGGCCCCAGCUGGUGCUGGCAGAGAGCAGCCCUGCAGCCUCCUUCCUUAGCUCCCGGAGCUGGCAGGGCCUGCAACCCCGCCUGGGUCAGACGCCAGUGACAGGAGCUGUGAGCGGAAGACGAGGGAUUGCCAUCGCCUAUGAGGACGAGGGAAGCAGCUGAUACCACCAGAGACACGGGUGGACUUAAGAAUCACUCCUAGACCUUAAAUGCUCCCUGCACAACCUCACCUCUCUGCCAGGAUGGUUGAAGGAGCCUGGAAAGAGGGAGGGCAGGCAUCUCCUCACUAAGGAUAAGAUCCAGCUCUGUCCUGUCCCGGCACUGGCACAAGGCUUAGCACAUAUUGGCUUAGUAAAUGCCUGUUGUUUGACUGAUGGGGGGAACGGCUUUGGGUCUU